UGCAGGACGGUCGAGCCGGGACUGGGGCCCCUGUAGCUCAGCCCGAGCGCUGCGCACCCAGCCAGUCCGCCUGUCAGACCGCCUCCUCUCCAGCCGCCCGGCUUGCUGCCCUGCGGCGCCGGCCCUUCCUCAUGCUGGCACCCCCGGCCUCCGAGACUGCGGUCCCCAUGUCCCAGGCGGAGGCCGACCUGGCCCUGCGGCCCCCGCCGCCUCUCGCUGCCGCGGGGCCGCCCCGCCUCGGGCCCCCUCCUCGCCGGGCGCGCCGCUUCUCCGGGAAGGCUGAGACCCGGCCGCGCUCUUCCCGUCUCAGCCGCCGCAGCUCAGUCGACUUGGGGCUGCUGAGCUCUUGGUCCCAGCCAGCCUCACCCGCUCCGGAGCCCCCUGAGCCUCCGGACUCCGCUGAACCCGGCCCCGCGAAAAGCCCACCGCCUAGCUGCCCAGAACCCCCCGAGGGCACGUGGACCGGGGGAGCCCCCGCGAAGGCUGCAGACUCAGCGCGUCCAGAGCUAGCAGUCUCGGCAGGAGGCCCGGGGUCCCGGGAACCGCCGAGGGUCCCCGAAGCCGCGGCUCGGGAGCGGCAGAGGGAGCAGGAGGAAAAGGAAGACACGGAGACCCAGGCAGUGGCAACGUCCCCGGACGGCCGAUACCUCAAGUUUGACAUCGAGAUCGGACGUGGCUCGUUCAAGACGGUGUAUCGAGGGCUGGACACCGACACCACGGUGGAGGUGGCCUGGUGUGAGCUGCAGACUCGGAAACUCUCUCGAACGGAGCGGCAGCGAUUCUCUGAGGAAGUGGAGAUGCUCAAGGGGCUGCAACAUCCCAACAUCGUCCGCUUCUACGAUUCGUGGAAGUCGGUGCUGAAGGGCCAGGUUUGCAUCGUACUGGUCACCGAACUCAUGACCUCCGGCACGCUCAAGACAUACCUGAGGCGGUUCCGUGAGAUGAAGCCGAGAGUUCUUCAGCGCUGGAGCCGCCAGAUCCUUCGGGGGCUUCAUUUCCUACACACCCGGGUACCCCCCAUUCUGCACCGGGAUCUCAAGUGCGACAACGUCUUUAUCACUGGCCCUUCAGGGUCGGUCAAGAUCGGGGACCUGGGCCUGGCCACGCUCAAGCGCGCCUCCUUUGCCAAGAGCGUGAUAGGGACCCCGGAGUUCAUGGCCCCGGAGAUGUACGAGGAAAAGUACGAUGAGGCGGUGGACGUGUACGCGUUUGGCAUGUGCAUGCUGGAGAUGGCUACCUCAGAGUACCCUUACUCCGAGUGCCAGAAUGCCGCACAAAUCUACCGCAAAGUCACUUCGGGCACAAAGCCGAACAGCUUCUAUAAGGUGAAGAUGCCUGAGGUGAAGGAGAUCAUCGAAGGCUGCAUCCGCACAGAUAAGAACGAGAGGUUCACCAUCCAGGACCUCCUGGCUCACGCCUUCUUCCGCGAGGAGCGCGGCGUGCACGUGGAGCUGGCGGAGGAGGACGACGGCGAGAAGCCCGGCCUCAAGCUCUGGCUGCGCAUGGAGGACGCGCGGCGCGGGGGGCGCCCGCGGGACAACCAGGCCAUAGAGUUCCUGUUCCAACUGGGCCGGGACGCGGCAGAGGAGGUGGCGCAGGAGAUGGUGGCCCUGGGUCUAGUCUGUGAAGCUGACUACCAGCCAGUGGCCCGCGCAGUACGUGAACGAGUUGCUGCCAUCCAGCGGAAGCGCGAGAAGCUGCGCAAAGCUAGGGAGUUGGAAGCCCUCCCCCCUGCACCAGGACCCCCACCAGCAGCUGUCCCCAAGACUCCUGGUCCCCCCAGUGUCUUCCCCCCUGAGCCUGAGGAGCCAGAGGCAGACCAGCACCAGUCUUUCCUCUUGCGCCAUGCCAGCUACUCAUCUACCACCUCGGAUUGCGAGACUGAUGGCUACCUCAGCUCCUCCGGCUUCCUGGAUGCCUCAGACCCUGCCUUUCAGCCCCCUGGGGGGGUGCCAUCCAGCCCCGCUGAGUCCCAUCUCUGCCUGCCCUCGGCUUUUGCCCUGUCCAUUCCACGUUCUGGCCCUGGCAGUGACUUUUCCCCGGGAGACAGCUAUGCCUCAGAUGCAGCAUCAGGUCUUAGUGAUGUGGGAGAAGGGAUGGGACGCAUGAGGAGACCCCCAGGGAGAAAUCUCCGGCGUAGACCCCGAUCCCGGCUUCGGGUCACUAGUGUCUCAGACCAGAAUGACAGAGUGGUUGAGUGCCAGCUACAGACGCACAACAGCAAGAUGGUGACCUUCCGAUUUGAUCUGGAUGGCGACAGCCCGGAAGAGAUUGCGGCUGCCAUGGUGUAUAAUGAGUUCAUUCUGCCCUCGGAGCGAGCCGGAUUCCUGAGCCGCAUUCGGGAGAUCAUCCAGCGAGUGGAGACCCUGUUGAAGAGAGAUACUGGCCCUGUGGAGGCUGCUGAGGACCCCCUGGGCUCCCAGGUGGAGCCAGCACCAUUGCCUGCCCUCUCUGAUCCCCUCCCAGACCCAUCCCGUGCAGAGCUCCAGAGCAGCACCUCCCUGGAGCAGAGUUGCUGGGCAGCCUUCUCCACCUCGCCAUCUUCUCCUGGAACCCCCUUGUCUCCUGGAAGCCUGUUUUCCCCCGGAACUCCUGUCUCCCCAAGUCCCAUUUUCCCCAUCACUUCUCCCCCAUGUUGCCCCAGUCCUGUCCCAUUCUCCCAAGUCUCUUCAAAUCUCUCUCCACAGACCCUCAGCUCCCCACUGGCAUUUUCCCCCAGUGCUGCCCAGCUCCCUGGCCCUCCCUCUCAGUCUCCACCGAGUUGCCUUCUCCCUUCUCCACCUGCCUUCUCUCCCAGUUGUUCUCAGGUCACCAUUACUCCUCCUUCCUUUCCCCACUGCCCCUCUGCUUCCCCCCUUCCGUCCACCACAGCAGCCCCUCUCCUCUCUCUGGCUAGUGCCUUCUCACUGGCUGUGAUGACUGUGGCCCAGUCCCUGCUGUCUCCCUCACCUGGGCUCCUGUCCCAGUCUCCUCCAGCCCCUCCUGCUCCCCUCCCUAGCUUGCCCCUGCCCCCUCCCCCUGCUCCUUGUGGCCAGGAUAGGCCUUCACCCCCAACAGCUGAGACCGAGAGUGAGGUCCCGCCAAAUCCUGCUCGGCCACUCCUGGGCGAAGCCAGACUAGCGCCCAUCUCUGAAGAGGGAAAGCCACAGCUUGUGGGGCGUUUCCAAGUGACUUCAUCCAAGGAACCAGCUGAGCCUCUACCCCUGCAACCAACAUUCCCAACUCUCUCCAGUUCCCUGAAGCCUCCAACCCCUCAGCUGACCUCGGAGAGCUCAGACACAGAGGAUAGUGCUGGAGGCGGGCCGGAGGCCAGGGAGGCUCUAGCCGAAAGUGACCGUGCAGCUGAAGGCCUAGUGGCUGGAGCGGAGGAGGAAGGGGACGAUGGGAAGGAACCCCGAGGGGGGGGCAGCCCCCCACCCCAGAGCCAUCCCAGCCCAGUGUGGAUGAACUACUCAUACAGCAGCCUGUGUCUGAGCAGUGAGGAGUCAGAGAGCAGCGGGGAGGAUGAGGAAUUCUGGGCUCAGCUUCAGAGUCUUCGGCAGAAGCACUUGUCGGAGGUGGAGGCACUACAGACACUACAGAAAAAGGAAAUCGAGGACUUGUACAGCCGGCUUGGGAAGCAGCCCCCGCCGGGUAUCGUGGCCCCAGCCGCUAUGCUGUCCAGCCGCCAGCGCCGCCUCUCCAAGGGCAGUUUCCCCACCUCCCGCCGCAACAGCCUGCAGCGCUCUGAGCCCCCGGGCCCUGGCAUCAUGCGAAGGAACUCCCUGAGUGGCAGCAGCACCGGCUCCCAGGAGCAGCGGGCAAGCAAGGGGGUGACAUUCGCCGGGGAUGUUGGCAGGAUGUGAAUUCAGAACAGAAGCCAUGUGUCUCUCCCAUACCAGGGCCCAUGAUGGAGUUCCUGCUCUCAGAAUCUGCUGACCAACACAGCUCUGCAAGGAGACCCCAGUACUGAGGAAGUAGAAGGCCAAAGGGGCAUGGAGAGUGCUGCUCCAUUAGAGAGAAGAGCCAAACACAGGGAAUGAUUUACUGUGUAGAAGGUGUCAAUUCUGCAGCCUACCAUCCUCAUUCCUCCACCUCCCCAGCCAAAGGUCAACCACUAAGCAAUUCCACUCAAGCCCUAAUGCUUCUAGAGAGCACACUCCCAGCUGAACAAGUGUAGGGGGUGUACUCACAUAGAAUUGGCAACAGUCAAUUAAAAUGCCAAAAACUAGGAA